GAUAAUAUGUACAUGCAUGAGGUCACAUUGCAUGACCUGAAUGUUUUGCACGAUGGCGCUGAUCUUCCUGGCCCCCUCCGCCUUGAGUUGCGACUUGUGUCUCCUCGUUUUAUUACUCGUUACCACGCCUUACGAGAUCAGAUUGCGCGUCUAGAGUUAACCGUCGAAGAAGAAGGAAGCUAUCAUGAUGGACUUCAAGGCGAAAAAGGUACGUUCAUACAGUGCGUCAGCGACUUCGACAUAAGUUCAUGA